AUGGGGGACAACGAUAACGACGAUGAUGAACGGGGUAAAAAAAUUGAUAGAAGGUUAACGGGAGUGUCGAACGAAAAGUGGCCAGGAUGUGAUCUCAAUGACGGGGGUAGCGAAGAAGGCGAAAGAUCUUCAUCUCGGAGCUCGGCGGGAAGCAUUUUUUGCGCUCUAGAAGAAGACUACGCAAAGGUUCUGAAGAAAAUGAAAAGCAACUCUGCCUUAGCAGAAUACGAAGCUGAGUACACAAAAUUGUUCGAUGCUCUCUACACGGCGCACAAAAACGUACAGAGAUUAACAGCGGAUUACGAUGAGCUCCAGGCAACUACGAUACUUACGCAUGAAGAAGUCGAUGAAUACAGAAAUCAAUUGUCAGUGACCGAAAGACAGGUGGAAAUGUACAGUACCAAUAUCGAUCAACUGAAACAGGAAAAUGAAAAUGCACUGAAAUUGGCGGAUGCGGCUCACGCCCGAGAACAAGUUGCGCAAGAAAAAAUCGCGAGUCUUCGGAUAACGGUGACUAAAUUGAGCGACGAAUUAGAGCAGAAAAACAAACAAAUGGGAAUGGAGGAAAAAGGUUCGGCGACGAGCAAACAAAAAGAAGGACUUUUGAAAGAGCGAGAAAAAAUGUUGAACGAAAUAGAAUCACUACGUCAACGUAUCGCGAACGCUACUACAGCGAAUGAGGAAUUGGAAAGGAAAAAUAGUCUCGUUGAUCAUAAAAUGCUGGAAUUACAAGACACUAUCGAAACACAGACGAAUGAUUUUUCAAAAGAACGCACAGCGAGAGAACGCGCCGAACAGACUAUUUUAGAUUUGCAAGAGGAGUUGAGAUUGAGGAACGUUGAUUUACAGAAUGCCAAUAACGCGCUGAAAACGACCACCAACAAUGUCGUCAAACUGGAAUCCAUCGUGAAAGAACAAAAACUAGCGGCUGAAAAAAUUCAAAAACAAAUCGAACAAUUUAUGAUCAAAAGAUUGAACGCACAAGCUGAGAUUGAUAGUCUGAACACACAACUCGAUGAUAUGAGUAAAGAAAAUGUUGAGAAGACAAAAAAAUUGAAGACCCUGGAACAGGAUAACAACAGGCUGCUCAGCGAGGUUGAAAAGCUGAAAUUUCUGAGAGACAGUGCCGGAAAAAAGCUCUAUAAAGCUGAAUCGAAUAAAUCGAAGCUCGAAAUCGAAUUGCAUAAAUUGAAAUCCGUCAUGCAAUCGAUGGAAACAGACAUGGACACGAUGAUAAAAAAAGCGGACAGCGAUAAGAGAGCGUUAGAAACGAUGCGUCGCGAGAAGGAUUUGAAAACCAAAGCUUUGUCAGCGAUAAAAUCGAACUUGAAGAAACAGGGGCUUCUGCUCCGGGUUCAGGAACAAGCGAAAAGCAAAUUGGAAACUGAGGUCAAGGAAUGUUUGGACAAUAAUCAGGCAUUGAAAAAAGCCGAACAAAAUUUGGAGAAAGAACGUGACCGGUAUAUAGUGGAGGUUCAAGAACUCGCGGCAAAAGUUGAGGACCAAAUCGAUCUCGUUAAGAUGAAACAAGUGGAGAUAUUCGAUUAUAAAAAACGUUUGGCUGAAGCUGAAACGAAAUUCAGGCAGCAGCAGAAUCUUUUCGAAGCCGUAAGAGCCGACAGGAAUACAUGUAGCAAAUCGCUAAUCGAGGCGCAAGAUGAAAUCCAGGAUUUGAAACAAAAACUCAAAGUCAUGAGCAAUCAAAUCGAACAAUUGAAAGAGGAAAUAGCUACGAAAGAAUCUAGUCUAAUAAAAGAAGAAUUCCUUUUGGGAAAAGCUGAAAAGGAAAAAGAUGCCUUGAAGGUUGACCUUCAAACGGCGAAUAAGGAGAUAUCAAACCUGCGCCACGAAAUCGAGGAAAAUAAACUAGAGGAAAAACGAUUGAGACGGACACUGCAAAGUGCUGAAAAUGAAAUCGCGAAAAAUAAAAAAGAGAUUGAUACGAUAAUGAACGAGCGUGAUAUCCUCGGUACUCAAUUGGUCAGACGCAACGAUGAACUGAGUCUUCAAUACAGCAGAUUAAAAAUAUUCCAAAAUACAAUACACAGAGGUGAUACUCAGUACGCGCAAAGAUUGGAGGAUAUAAGGCUCCUGAAAUUGGAGGUGAAAAAACUGAGAACUGAAAAAGCUCUGCUUUCCAAGAGCAUCGUGAACGUCAGCGAUCUGAGACAGGAGAUAUUCCAUCUGGACCGAGAUUUGACUCGAGAAAGAUUGAAGGUCAUGGCCUUGGAGGAGGAAGUUCAAAAUCCAUUGAAUAUCCACAGGUGGCGAAAAUUGGAGGGUUCUGAUCCUGACACCUACGAGCUUCUUUCGAAAAUACAAAUACUCCAGAAGCGAGUCUUAAAAAUGUGCGGGGCGAUGAUUCAGAAAGAGAAGAAAAUUAGGGAGGGUGAAAAACUGUACAUGAAUCUUCGGACUAUUUUAUCGAAACAGCCCGGACCAGAAGUCAUAAUUACUUUACAAAAAACGCAAAAGGCUUUACGGGAAAGAGGGAAGAAAAUGAAGUGUUUGAUUUCCGAACUGAACAUGAGCGAAUCACAAGUGAACGAGUAUAAAUUCGAUGUCGAGAGGAUGAGCAAAGAGAUGUGUCUAUUGAAGAGUAAACUUUACACGCAGAAGAAGAAAGAGCUUCAGAAAACCAACGAAGCAAAAAUAACCGAAAUAACCGUGCCGAUAUUUCCCUCCGUUUCACCUUCUAAUAAAAAAAUCUUAGGUGGAGGCUUCAACAUGGCCGGUCCAACGCCGCGAAAUUGCUACGCGAUAGAAUCGGACGAUUUCAGAAGAUAAUUGUGUAAAUAUUUCCGUUGAUCAAACGCAAGUCUAUGCGGCUGUCAAUCAACGAGGAGAUAAAAGAUGAGUUUUAUUACACAACCCAAUGCUUUUAACAUAUAGACGAGUCUGGCCGAUAACUAUGUGUUAUAUUUAAUUGUAAAUAUUGUAAUGUGGAUGAAAAAAUAUACGACAGAUUCUUUUUACGUA